UAGUACUACUAGUCUAGUAUAGUUAGUAGUGUAGUACUUGAUAUUUGGGGAGCCGGACGUAGACACACGGUAGACUCGCGUCGAAAUGCCUCAAACUUAGUCUUACACGCCACUCUCACAAGCUUCCUUUUCUUCCCUGCAACUCUCUCCUACUAUUUAUACACACAAUUUCUACUUCCCUCCUCCUCUACAGCUCUUCUCCUUCUCCUCUAUCUGGAUUCGACGUAAAAUGGCGUGUACGGAAGUAUAUUCAAUGUCAAGUCCAAAAAUGGAAUAUGUUGAAGGACGGUGCUUCAGUUUUAUUAAUUCGUCGACUAGUCUAAAAUUAUGGCCUAUGAUUCGGAGAACGAACUCUCCAAUUCGGAGAGGAAGAAAAUUAGGUGUGAGUUGUUCAUUGCCAAAUAUUUUGUCUCCAUUAGGAUCGGAAGAGGAUGCAAGUGUUGUACCUAGCAGUCAUUCCUUAGAAGAUGAGUUUAGCCACGUCACGAAGUUCAAAAUGUCCGAUUUUAAGAUACGGAAUCGUGUCAGCAUUGGCCUUGGUGGCAGGGGCGAUGAGAUAGUGUUUGAAGCUAUGGUGAAUGAUCCUCAUAGUCCAUUGUAUAAGACCAGAGUUGUACUUAGGCAACUUAUUAGUGCUCGGGCAAAGCGGAGAGGACGUCGUGCGAUAGAGGUCUUGAAGAGACUGGCACGUCGUAAGCUCAUGUAUCAUUCAUACUCGAUGCAAGUUCAUGGGUAUAUCUGCUCAUCCAUGACAGAUGAGAACAGUUCAUUCACCCUAGUCCUUGGGCAUCAUGGAAGUUCUUCACUGAGACAUUGGCUUCAACGAUCUGAUUGGCUUCCAACUCUAGAAGCUACUCUUUCUCUAGAUCAGGAGUCUGUUAGAAGGGUGGGGGACGAUACAAUAGGAGGGCCAGCUAUUUCUCGACAACUGCGACUAAUCCGGAUCUUAAUGAGGGAUCUCUUGAUUGGAGUGAACUAUGUGCACAGUCAUGGUCUUGCACAUACAGAGUUGAGGCUUGAAAAUUUGCACAUCAGUCCAGUGGAUAAACAUAUUAAAGUAGGUAUAUUGGGAAAUGCUGCUGACUUUAAUGAGGCUGAUACUGUGGAUGGCACAUCAUAUGACAAUAUGGAUAGGAGGAGAAUGAUGAUUGCAUUUGACAUGAGAUGUGUUGGAUUCAUCAUGGCAAAAAUGGUUUUGAGGGAACUCAUGGACCCAACGAUCUUUGCCAAGUUCAAAGCAUUCCUCACCAAGGGAAAUGAUCCCUCCUGUUUGCGCGAGUUUCUUCUCCAUGCUGUAAAAAGAAAUUCUUCAGCUGGAAAUUUUGGUAUACAAAUACUUGAUAGAAACUGGGGUGCAGGUUGGCAUUUGCUCUCAUUACUCCUUGCACCUAAACCUUUGGACAGGAUAAGUUGCUUAAAUGCUCUGAGGCAUCCCUUCUUGUGUGGACCAAAAUGGCGUGUAAGCCCAUCUAUUGAUGUAAUCAGAUGGAGUCUUGGCUCAACUACUGUUCGAAUUGCGGAGGAGUACAUUUAUGGGCAGCAGCAGCGGAGUAGGCUUGCUCAUUUCAUUGAAUUAAUGGAGAUGCUAAAUCCUUAUCCAAAACCAAAGCAUUGGCUGGGAUCGUUUCCUGGAAAGUGGCGUCUGUUAUACUGUACUGGUAGACAUAUAGGAUUGACCCUUAGACAGCCUUCUGUUAGAGUACUCAUUGGGGAAGUGUACCUAACAAUAUCUAAAGCCUCAACACCUAAAACAACAUUUUCAGCUGCCUCACAUAUAAGCUUCACCGUUAUGCCUAGUGGGGACUGGCCUCAUGACAAGUCUGGUGUAGGUGGAAAGUUGCAAGUGAAUACCUAUUUCAGAUUGAGAGCUGGGAGACGGUUAUAUCUUCAGGAAGAAACUGACACCUCGAAGUUUCCCUCUGCUACACCAGAUGCUCAAGCUUCUGCAGUGAAAAGGUUAUCUGGUAAAACGUGGAGGAAAGCCAUCCCCGUAAAUGAAUUUCCUUCAAGCCUUUCUGUAGCUAAACUUGUGUCCACUGAAACUGAGGUAACAAUGAGUCUGGAUAAACCACUGAGUGGUAACAUUGAAGUCGCACAGAAAGCACUUCAAGAGGUACGCACUCAAAUACCUCCAGAAAUGUUUGAUCUGUCAAAAAUCGUCUGUGGAACAUAUUUAGAUUCAAGAUUGCUUGUCCUCCGAAGUGUAAAUGGAUCUGCACUCGUUUUAACAAGAUGUACAAAUAAUAGUUGAUUGUAGUAAAAAACUUUGUUGAUUCACUUUUUGUAAAUAAGAUCAUAUUUUUAUCUUUCCGUAUUUGGUCAGAGGGAGCAAAAGAUUGGUAGAGGUCACAGAGAUUCUUAAUUCGAAUCUGUACAAACGAAUAGAAGCUUAAUUCGUGUAUUUAAGGUCACAGAGAUUCUUUUU